UCAGGCGAAUGUUCUCCUAUGAAUGAAGUCCAUUUCCGACUGCAAAAUGAUCGGCGCAUUUCGUCACCGUCUGGAGAUUCGGAGUGUAAAAAGAAAAGCAGCGCUGAAGAUGAUUUCGAAAUUUCGGCGAAAAAGAGUCUCAGCUUGCGGAAUCGUAAACUUUCGUUUUUCGGAUCCAUCAAGAGUGGUGGAUCAGGUGAAACGAUUGCUCAGAACAACGGACAGAUUUACACGAAGACGGCGUUCUAUAAGGGUAUAAUGGUGGCCAUAAAGAAGUUAAACAUCGAUCAGAAAAAGUAUCCGAAAGUAGAUUUGUCGCGAGCGCAACUGAUGGAGCUGAAGAAAAUGAAGGACCUUCAACACGACCACAUCACGAGAUUUACCGGUGCUUGUCUCGAUGCUCCCCAUUGGUGUAUAGUUACCGAGUACUGUCCCAAGGGUUCUUUGGAGGACAUCCUGGAGAAUGAACAGAUCAAAUUAGACAACAUGAUGAAAUACUCGUUGCUGCAUGAUUUAGUUAAGGGUCUCUAUUUCUUGCACAACAGUGAAAUUCGGUCACAUGGUCGUUUGAAGUCAUCGAAUUGUGUUGUGGAUAGUCGAUUUGUCCUCAAAGUCACUGAUUUCGGGUUGCACGGUCUCCACGCCAUGGAAGAGAACACCAUAGACGACAUCGGAGAGCACGCGUUCUACAAAAAGUUGUUGUGGACGGCUCCAGAGCUCUUACGAAACCCCAAUCCGCCGCCGAUGGGCACUCAGAAAGGCGAUAUUUAUUCAUUUGCAAUCAUUCUUCAUGAGGUUUUAUGGAGGAACGGGGUGUUUCCAGUGAAAAACGAAAACUUGUCUCCGUACGAUGUGUUCCGUCCGUACAUUCCUGACAGUAUGGAUGCCGACGAUGACAUCAAUCAGAGUCUUCUGGAAUUAAUGCGUUGCUCAUGGGCAGAAGAUAGUCAUGAUCGUCCUGACAUUUCUAUGAUACGGAAGGCAGUCCGGAUGUUGAACAAGGACAACGAAACAUCCAAUCUUGUUGACAAUCUGCUGAAGCGUCUCGAACUUUACGCGAAAAAUCUCGAAGGGCUCGUCGAAGAAAGAACACGAGAGUAUUUGGCGGAGAAGCAAAAAGUCGAAGAUCUGCUGCACCAACUGUUACCGCCUUCGAUUGCUGAUCAGCUGAUUUCGGGAAAAGCAGUGCAAGCGGAGUCGUACGACUCGGUGACAAUUUACUUCUCCGAUAUUGUCGGCUUCACUGCCCUAUCUUCACAGUCAACACCCCUUCAGGUUGUCACUCUGCUCAACGACUUGUACCUCGCAUUUGACGGUGUUGUGGACAACUUCAAGGUGUACAAGGUAGAAACCAUAGGUGACGCCUAUAUGGUGGUGUCGGGUCUUCCGGAGCGAAGGGACGACCAUGCAUCGCAGAUCGCACAGAUGAGCUUGGCGUUGCUGCACAAAGUGAAGAACUUCGUGAUACGACAUCGACCAAACGAUCAGCUCAAACUGCGCAUCGGAAUGCACUCCGGCUCAGUAGUGGCCGGGGUCGUAGGCUCAAAAAUGCCACGAUAUUGCCUUUUCGGUGACACGGUGAACACUUCGAGUAGAAUGGAAAGCAAUGGAUUGCCUUUGCGGAUUCAUGUCUCGUCGGUAACGAAAGAGAUUCUUAGCAAAGACACGGGUUUCCGAUUAGAGCUACGAGGUGAAGUCGAGAUGAAGGGUAAAGGACGGUUAACGACGUAUUGGCUGAAGGGCUAUCGAGAUGUUAAUAUUCCUGACUUCGGUCCGGAAUAUCAGUGA